ACAAAAAUUCGAUUAUGAAGGCCUUCCUUUGCUGCACGUAUUCUUAUGAAAAAUACUCAAUUAUGAAUAAACAUCUGGACAAGUGAGUCAUAAGCCAUUGAGGCCAAACUGCGAGUGUAAUGUUGGCGUUAAUACGAACCAUACCGCAUUCCAUCAGCGUCAGUAGCCAAAGUAGGGAGUGUAUCUUUUGAAACAUAAUAAAUUGGCAAAUUGCCCAACAUACCUUAUCUUCAGGAUUCUGUCAGAAUUUGAAAAAAGUGAUUUUAUAUAUAUCUUAUUCAAAUAAGUGAUCAGAAAAUUCAGUAAUGUUCGACUUCAAUCUGGAAUUCGCCCGUGGUGGAGCAACUGUAACCACGAAGCUUUUCGAAUUACUGUCAGCAGGUGGUGUGCAGCAAAACAUUGUCUUCUCGCCAUUUUCAAUUCAGACUUGUGUGGCAUUGGCAUUUGCCGGUGCCAGUGGCGAGACUGCUGAUCAAAUCGCUGAAGGCUUGAAUUUCGCGUCCAAUUUCCAUCCGGAAGUUGCUACAACAUUCGCUUAUGUUUUUGACAAGUACAAGGAUAGUGAGUUGUUGAAAAUUGCCAACAAAGUGUACGUGCAGCAGGGACAUGCAUUGAAAUCAGAUUACCAAAAUGAGUUAAAAGAAAGUUAUAAUGCUGAUGCGGAGUCUGUUAAUUUCGAGGAAAGCGAAAAUACUGCCAACGCCAUAAAUUCUUGGGUAGAAAAUAAAACGGCCGGCAAAAUCAAAGAUCUUGUGCAAGCAUCCGCUUUCAGUGCACUAACUCGACUGGUAUUGCUAAAUGCUCUACAUUUCAAAGGUUUAUGGGCGCACAAAUUUGAUGAGGAACAAACCGCUGAAGAUGAUUUUUGGAUAUCCGAGGAGGAAUCUGUUAAAGUGCAAUACAUGAAUCAAAAAGCGAAAUUUGGUUAUGGUUACUUUGAAGAGUUGGACUGUCAGGCACUUGAAUUGCCGUACAAAAAUUCCGACUUAUCUAUGCUAGUUUUAUUACCCAAUGAGCGAGAAGGCCUUAAAACACUUGCUGAGAAACUGAAAUCGGUAAAUUUGGUCGAUUUGGCAGGCAAUAUAGAUGCCAAUGAGGAUGUUGUGGUCAAAUUGCCGAAAUUUAAGGUGGAGUUUGAAGUAGAACUGACGGAAACAUUGAAGAAGCUGGGCAUAAGCAAAAUUUUCACCGAUGAGGCUGAUUUUAGUAACAUGUUGGAAUCUCCUGAGCCGCUGCAAGUAUCCCAAAUCUUGCAUAAGGCUGUUAUUGAGGUGAACGAGGAAGGCACCGAAGCAGCUGCCGCAACUGCAAUGAUAAUGAUGGCCCGUUGCCUCCUUAUCCCACUGCAGUUUGUUGCUGAUCGUCCGUUCUUCUACGCUAUUUGGAAUAAGAAGAAUAUUCUAUUCGCUGGUGCCUUUGUUAAUGCGCCUUAAGUGGAGACGGCUAAGUUAGCAAAGAAUCAUGCAUUAUAAACUGACAUUGACACUUGCAUGCUUGCAUACUGCCAUUGUGGACCAUGAAGUAUUUGAAUUCAACUGAUUAUAAAUAUUAUUUUUUUUAUUGUUUAUUUUUUAAUAUUUUUCACUGAUUAAAGAGUAGUUUACUUUCCACAAAAACGCAA